UAAACAACAGUCUUAACUUUUGUGUGUUGCAAAUAUAAAAGGCAAGCCAUGUGACAGAGGGACAGAAGAACAAAAGCAUUUGGAAGUAACAGGACCUCUUUCUAGCUCUCAGCAAAGUCUGAGAAGAAAGGAGCCCUGCCUUUUCCCCAAGCUGUGUGGCAGAUACUGUGAUGGAUUGCAAGUGCAAAAAGUAAGACACCCUUCCAGCAUACAAAGGACAAUGACAACCAGGAAGCUUCCGCCAGCUCCUGUCCUUUCCUUGAAAGGAACUGGGGCCUAGGAGCUGAAGACAUUUGCAAACUUGUAGUCCUCUGCCUCCCUCUGCUGUUAUUCUUGAGAAGCGUUUUUUCCUCACAACAAUGAGAAAUCAUGUACUAGCUGCAUCCUUUUCUAUGCUCUCCCUACUGGCGAUAAUGGGAGAUACAGACAGCAAAACUGACAGCUCCUUCAUGAUGGACUCGGAUCCUCGACGCUGCAUGAGGCACCACUAUGUUGAUUCUAUCAGUCACCCAUUGUACAAGUGUAGCUCAAAGAUGGUGCUCCUGGCCAGGUGUGAGGGGCAUUGCAGCCAGGCAUCUCGCUCUGAGCCCCUGGUGUCUUUCAGUACUGUCCUCAAGCAACCCUUCCGCUCUUCCUGUCAUUGCUGCCGCCCCCAGACCUCCAAGCUGAAGGCAUUAAGGCUACGCUGCUCUGGGGGCAUGCGACUCACGGCCACUUACCGGUACAUACUUUCUUGUCACUGCGAGGAGUGCAGCUCCUGAGACCCACUACCAAGUGACUUCUGGAUGCGACAAUUUCCCUGGACAAGGCUUUUCAGCCAGCUAGGGAAGGACUGGAAAGAUAAGAGUUAAGGCAUUAAAAAUGCAAUCCCCAAAGGAUUCUGCAUAUUCCAGCAAUAAAGACUAUGUGCUUAUUGACGCAGAGAUACUCUGGGAACUUCUUUUUGGUUCUCAUUUUCAUUACAAUUUCUCUUCAGACUUAGGCAUUUUCCCCUUGGCUCUGAAUGCUAGUUGGGUUUUCAACAAAUCAAUAUUAAUAAGAAAAAUUGUACUCAUGCAAUAGUGUGGCUGGCUGUCACUGUUUGGUGCUUAUGGGGAAAGAAUUCAUUUUAGAAAGCAAAAAGCUCAAAUCCCUCUGGAAUAUCUUCUGCUGCUUUUUUUAUUUGGUCAUUUUGGUUUAGGGUUGUCAUUGCUGCUAAAAAGCUACCAAUUUCAAAUGUCCAGGCACCAAACAUGUGACUUUGUUUAGCCAGGAUUACUCAUAACUAUCUAACUGAUAAUAAAAUAACUAAUAACCAAAUUGUCUUAUGUCAUGUAGGAACCCUGGACAGCUAUAAUGAUUAUUUGUAAUUGACUUUGGGAAAUUAAAAGUAACUGAAAGAAUUUUCCACCUGAAGAAUCUUUCAAAUAAAUAUGGUAAAACUUUUAUAGGGGAACAUACUUGCAGAGCCAUGCACAAAUGUGGGUCCUGCACUGACAUUAAAACAGGCAUAUAUGUUUUAGCGACAUGGAGAAUACAUGAUACUCAGCCACGAAAUUAGACAACCAAGUAUGAAUCUAUUUGGUGCUGUGCUGCAAUAGCUUUAGCUAUGCUGUCGGCAUCAUUCUCUAACAUCCACUUGUCCAUGUAAAGCUUAGAUAUUUGGCUCAAAUAUGUGCAUAUUUUCAUCCUUGAGGCUCAAAAUUUGAGUUAUUCCCAUGUUUUGAAAUAAAAAGAGAGUAUCUUUAAAAUUUCAA